AUGACAUCAACGUGUACCGUUAGGUGGAGUUAUAAUCAUCGACGGUAGCUUGUAUAUGGUCAUGUAUGUUGUGUGUAUGUGGUGUAUAUUUCAGUAAUAAAAAAGUUGACUUUCUUACUUCAGGUGACCCAGGUGAACGAUAGGUUGGGUUGCAGUAACGGCCGGUGACAUGACACACUGUAAAGCGAGGCUGAAGUUGGUUUCGGACUACAUCCCUUUAAGUUCCGGCCUAAAGAGUCGUUCGGAAGCUACGAAUCUGAAGCUAACUUCAUCAUUGUGGCAAACGGUGUUCCGGACGUCUUUGCUGGUGACACCAGCAGGGGAAACACGUCCGGUUGUAUUACACGCACGUCCGCUUUAAGCAACAGAUUUCUCGUCUAAUUUCCCGUAUUCGUGCCUCUACAAUUUGCGCUUGGUGAGUUGAGCGCAGUCUUCUCCAAAAUAAACCUUUUGAACGUGUGGAAGCGUGUGAAGUGGACAGCAGCCAUGCGGGUGAUUCUGUUGUUGGCCGUGACCGUGCUGUCUCUGAGCCCGGCGGCAGAGAGCGGAGCCGAUAAGAAGAAGCUACAGAUUGGCAUCAAGAAGCGAGUGGACAACUGCCCCAUCAAGUCCCGUAAAGGAGACGUGCUGCACAUGCACUACACGGGCAAGCUGGAGGACGGCACGGAGUUUGACAGCAGCAUCCCCCGCGACAGGCCCUUCACCUUUACGCUGGCCACCGGCCAGGUGAUUAAAGGCUGGGACCAGGGCCUGCUGGGCAUGUGCGAGGGCGAGAAGAGGAAGCUGGUCAUCCCCUCCGAGCUGGGCUACGGAGACAGGGGAGCUCCCCCAAAGAUCCCCGGAGGAGCGACACUCAUCUUCGAAGUGGAGCUGCUCACCAUCGAGAGGAGGUCCGAGCUUUGAUGAAGAGAGGAUGACAAGGAAAGCAACUUUAAAAACGUUCCAGGAGCUGCUGCAGCACUACUACUUGGAGAUCAUCUGCCCUCUGAUGAAGACUACAUGGAAAAUCUUGGAGUAGAGUUUACAAC